AUGGUGGAGCCAGGACCAGUUGUAGUGACAGUUGUUGAUGCAGUUGUCGAGGUUGGUCUCAGAGUAGUAGAUGUCAAAGUAGUGGACGCAGUGGUGCUUGCCACAGUUGACUGUGAUGACACCGUUGUUGUUGCAACAGUGGAUGUUGGUCUGUUGGUGGUGCUGGCAACAGUGCUCAUUGUGGUCGACUGGGUCGAUACAGUGGUAGUAGCCACAGUGGAGGUAAUUUGA